AACGCACGUACUUCAUCCGUCUAUAGCUAUCACUGGAAUUCUGUGAGGGAGGGUCGGUUGCAGAUCUAAUUCGACUCUCGGAUGGCCCGUUGACAGAAUCAGAAAUCGGAUGGAUCAUUAGCGAGAUCCUUCUGGGGCUCGCGUAUCUCCAUAACAGAGAUCAUGUCCAUGGUGAUAUCAAAGCUAGCAACAUCUUGCUCACAUUCGAUGGGCAUGCGAAACUUGGGGGCUCAGGAUCGGUGAUGAACCAUAAGGAAGGUGCCGGAGAGCGCAAACGCCAACGACGAUCGUUGACCAUGACAGAAUUCCCCGCCAGCUGGCUCGCCCCUGAAUCCAGCCCUUCGUCACCAAUAGCCACGCCAAACUCACCAAAGUUCAAGAUAGAAGCUGGGACUGCAGAUAGUUUGAUGCAGGGCAGUGUGGGUUCGUCUUCGUUAUUGCAGUGGAUCCCGGGAGCGAGCGCGGAGACGGAUGUGUGGGCGUUGGGUGUUACAUGCAUCGAGCUCUCGCAAGGUCGUCCACCGAGGCCGGAAAUGCCUAUUCUAGCGCUGUUUGGAGAGCAACGAUUAGUGAGUCAGGAAGCAGGAAACAGCAGUAGCAGCACAGAGGGGCGUGGGUAUUUCGCAACGGACAAUGGUGGUUGGGAUAGUUUUCAGGAAGAAACGUUUGGAGCAGUAGGGAUGGGUAUGUCUGAGGAGAUGUGGGCGUUUGUGGCGAGAUGCUUGACGCCCGAUCCAGAGGCACGGCCGAGCACACAGGAACUGCUUGAGGACCCUUUCAUCAUGCAGUACAGCAAACCGUUCCAUCUUCUUCAUUGAUGCUGUCGCCUUCCAAGGCCUCAUAUAUGGUCGACGUGAAGCUGGAGGAGGCCGAUAUUGGAUCAUGGU